CCCUUUAUAUUACGCUGUUUACCUGUGAUGCCUUUUAAUGUGUAUCAACACAGUUUGUGGUUCUUAUGAUUUUUCCUUAGCAGGCUGGUGAGAUUUAUUAUUGCAAUAUUAAAUUAUCUCAUGCAACAAUAUUAUAAAAAUGAAGCAUCUUGUUUUUAUCCAUGAUUAUAAAGAGAACCUCACCUUCCAAUCACAUGUUACUUACUUUUCCCUUCUAUUUCAUAUCACUGUCCAUAUACCUUUUUUAGUUGAACUCACUUGUCUCUUGCCUAUGUAACAACCUGCCUAAAAAGGUGCAGUAAAGUAAGACAUGGCAGUAACAGUUAGCUUUGAAAGUUUGAAAGAAUCUACCAUUCUCAAUACUAGUCAUACAUUUCACUAAUUCAACUAUAAGAACUCUAAAGGUCACUCCUAUCUUUUCCAUUCUAUUUUUGUACUGAUAAGUGCCAAACUACUACUUUGUUUCAUAUUUUGCUUCAAGUUUAACUUCUUUGGUCUUUCCCCAAAAUGGUCAGAAAAAUAUCAUACCUUACCUUACUGCUUGCAUUUUUAUUUCUUUCAUUCUUUGCAAAUACUAGCCAGUUGGCAUUUGCAAAAGGAACAGACAAUGUCAGAGAAGCUUGCAAAGUAACUAGGUAUCAAAACCUUUGUAUGCGCUCCCUAGCACCGUUCUCUAACAGUGCUGGACGAAGCCCUAGUAAGUGGGCGAGGGCAGGAGUAUCGGUUACAAUCGGAGAGGCUAAGAAUGUUCAAGCUUAUCUGUCAAGCUUCAAGAGGCACGAGCAUUUAAGAGGAAGAAAUAAAGUUGCACUUUUAGAUUGUGUUGAAACUUUUGCAGAUGCCAUUGACGAUCUUCAUAGGUCACUGAAUGUGCUCAGAAGGCUUAGCAGAAGCACAUUUGGCACCCAAAUGGGAGACCUUAAUACAUGGUUAAGUUCCGCCCUCACAAAUGAAGAUACUUGCCUUGAUGGAUUUCAAGGCAAAAGUGAUAAGAAAAUUAAAUCGCUGCAAAAUAAGGUUCGCAAAGUUUAUUAUGUAACCAGUAAUACUCUAGCUCUUGUCAACAAGCUUGCCACUACAGGUCUAGGAAGCAUUUCUGAUCCAUAGAAGUUAUAAAUGAAAUGUUUCAACAAGGAGCUAGAAUAAGCUGUUUACAUGAUUAACUAAUUAAGUUAUCCUCUCAGCAUGCAUACUUCUAGUUUGAUCAAUUAGUGUCAUGCUCGUUGUUCAUGAUAAGCUGUCUUCUCAUCUUAUUUUAUUCCUAUUUCCGAGUCUUUGAUUUCUAUCUAAAGGAAAAUAAAUGUUAUCUUAAUAUGGCCAUCGAUAGAUACUGUUUUUCAUCCAUAAACCACAUAAAGAGGAAUGGGUAUUUAAACUAUUCCAAUAACUAUUUGUAUACAUCGUAAAUUAAUUCAUGCACGAUUUAAUUUUGGCGGGCAUUAGAGCAAGAUACGGGUCUGGGGUAUGUAGAUUUAGUUUUGGGGUAUAUGUUAUGGUACUGUCUGUUAUGGUUUUUUAUUUGUUUCUGGUACUGCUAUGCUGUUUGGGUGGCUUGGUGUGCUCUGCUAUGGUUUUUUAUUUGUUCCUGGCACUGAUAUGUUUAUUUGGGCAUUACUUAUGCCUGGUUAAGUAAUAAAGUUAUUUGGCAUUUCAAAAAAAAUGCAUGCACGAUUUUACUGCUCUUUAUUCGAGCCCUAUUCCUACUAACACCACCUUUUUCUUGGAAUUACCUUGUAAAUUGGAGUUAUCAAAUUGAUGGAGCUUGGUGUAUUUUGUGCCACUUUAAGGAAGUUUUUCUGUUUUCUUCUAGUGACCAAAGGGGAGGCAUUUACUCUAUUGAUAGAGUCGGUGCUUUCUCCCAAAUGAUGGAUGUCUAUACGAUGAGUUGCAUAUUAACAUGCCAUAGAAGUUGUAAGAUACAACAGUUAAUAAAAAGCAUUUUAAUAAAAACUAGUUAAUUUUUUAAAUGGUUUAAGUUCAGUUUGGUUAAGGUUCAAAAUUAGUUUACAAACAAGAACCGGUUAAUUUAUACGAAGUAUUAAAUGUAUCUCUAUAUUGUACUCCAUGUAUGAGGAACUGACACAUUACGUACAUCCUCUGACACCAGAUGUUCAUGGUAGUUGACAAAUAUUUCAUCAACAUCUUUGUGAAGGACAAUGACAAGAGCAGCCAUCGCGGGGUCCUUAUACCUUGCAGAUACCCGUAUGACUGCAGUAUUCUCUCUGGCGGAUGUAAAUAGAUAUGUCGAGGCCCAUAAGCCAACAAUCUAGAGUACCCAUGAUAUCUCCUCCAUAUAUCAUGUAUGGCGAUGCUCUACAAAUAGAGAGAAACAAAUAUCUUUCGUCAGAAUGCGGUUAAGAGAAAGUCUGUACGGCUCAAUCGUCGAAUUUCCCUUGAGUGGGUUAAUCGUGCACACACAUGACAACUCUCUAGUGUAGUCAUACAAAUAUUCUCAAUCGAUAAUACCAAUAAAAAGUUGGAGGAUCCAUUCCUAAAAGGAUUCAGAUGAAAUAUCAAUAAGGGUGUAGGAACAAGUAGUUUGAAAUUAAUAAACGACGUGUAAAUCUAUUACCUGAAAU